AUUAACAAGUAUUGAAUUAUAUGAUUUGUGGUAAAAAUAUGUCUAAUAAUGUAAUUUUAAUAAUUGUUUCCCGUUAAACGAUUGGAUUAUGAGUUCAAUUCUUAGCACAUUUUUAAUAGGUUCAAUCAUUUGAUUGUUCAUAAUUAUCCAACUGUUUGAUUAUUUUUUUUUUAAAGACGUAUUUAUAAAGAUAUCAUUUCGAUAAAUGAACGUUUAUUAUAGUAUUUCUUUAAAUUAAUGGUGGAUUUUUGUUGCAUUUAAUUCAUUUUAUCCCGGAUUAUAAAAAAAAAAUGGCACAAGUUGGUAGCCUAAAUAAUAAUUCUUCCUUGUUUAAUCACCAUAAUCUUGAUCAUGGUAAUUCUAAUUCAUUAUCAAAAAUAUUUCAUCUACAACUUCCUGAAUUAAUUACUUCAACACAAAUAAAUCGAUCAGCUCCAUCGAGUGCAUGUCCAUCUGAUGAUUCUGGAAUUGAAAGAACUUUGAAUCUGAGUCCAUCAUCCCCAUUUCCUGAAGAUACUGAUUCAGAUGAUGCUCAAUCAUUUAUCAGCUUUGAUGUCAGGCGUUCAGCUAGUCAGUUGCAGAUGCCUCAUCAUCCGUUGAAAUUGGGCCCUUGUCAUUUCGGCUCUGCUGUUAAUUAUGUUGAGUCAGCCAGACUUUCGCCUCCAGGGACCUGUGCAGCAGUGGUCGACGAUAAUUACUAUCCCAUAGCAAGUCCUAAGUCAAAUAAACCUGAAGUUAAAAGUGGGAAUCGUUUUCAAAUUUUAUCAUAUGAACGAGUGACUAAGUUGCACUACGUUUUGUCGAAAACCAUCCCGAUCCAUAGCAGAUACCCAGGAUUUCCAACUAUUAUGGUCAAACUCCAUGAUUUGUUUAGGGAAGUUCGGGGAAAUCUUAAAGCAGCUGGGAUUCCCAUUCGAAAUAUUCGCCUAAACGGUGGUGCUGCCUCAUAUAUUAUUGGACAAGAAGAUUAUCCCGUCUAUAAUGAUAUAGAUGUUUUGAUAUCUGUUGAUUUAAGCUCAAAUAGUUCAACAUUUCAAAAAGUGAAAUCAGCUGUGCUGAAUGCGUUGAUAAGUUUCUUGCCAGAAGACAAAAUAAUAGAACCCUUUCAGCAGCAUAAUAUUCCCAGUCAACCUCAAAUUAACCCAUGUUGUGAUCUCCAAUCUCACGAUAAUGUUCCAAAAGUACCAGGACGUGGUCAAGGAAUGUCACUUAACAGUUCACCUGUAACAACUAAGAGUCAUUUCAGUUCUACGGAGUUGAGGCAUAUUGAUAAGGUGAAAGUGAACAAUACAAUAAAUUCGAAUUCUACUGAAACAGAAUUUGAUAAAACUGUUGAACUUAAACGCAUGGGCGAUAUCACUCAGAAUCAAUGUGGUGUUCCGACGCUUGGUAUCUCACGUCCCAACAUUGUUGAGUGUUCCUGUCAAAGGCAAUGGAAUAAUCCUAAACCGAUAUCUUUCUCUCCUUUAUCCUUUAUGCAUCCAGGGCAGCAGUCUAUCUACAAUAUUCAUUCCCCAUUCAACACUCUUAAUGUAAACGCUAUGAACAGUAUUCAAAGUUCUGCUUCUGCUCCUAAUAUUUCUAGCCAUUCAGAUGGAUUUAGUUUACGCGAGUCAUAUGUGUACAAACAGUUCCGUAAAUUUAGUCAAGAUGAUGAUUGUUGGUCACUUUUAUCCCUUGGUUUCCCUUCUUCCGACUCAAAAGUAAUUGAAUUCAAAUUUGUUGAUCGAAUGAAACGUCAGUUUGAAUUUACCGUUGAUAGUUUUCAAAUAGUUUUAGAUUCUUUGUUAACAUUUUAUGAAUCCAAUUCAGGAAAAAGCAUAACUCCACACUUUUAUCCGACAAUUGUUGCUGAAUCAGUAUCUGGAUCGUUUUCAGAAGCAUUUUAUCACUUAGAGAAUAAACUAAUUGCAACCACUGAACCAGAAAUGAUUCGUGGAGGUGGUCUUUUGAAAUACUGUCGACUUCUGGUUAGUGGAUAUAAACCUGCUGAAGGAGUUGACGUAUAUACACUUGAAAGAUACAUGAGUUCCAGAUUUUUUAUUGAUUUUCAAGAUUUAUCCAGCCAAAAAGUUAAAUUAGAAGCUUUUUUAGCGAAUCAUUUUGCAGAGCAUGAAAUUUCUUUAAAAAUCAAUUAUUUACGCAUUUUAUAUCAAGUUGUAAGUGGUUCCACUAUAUGUCUUAUGUCUCAUGAACAUUUUCAAACUUUAAAUCUUAUCGGAGAACUGUUACGCUAUCUUAUGUAUUAUUAUUGUUAUUACCAUUUUAAUCGUUCAUCUUUAAGUUUGGAAUGGUUUGCUGAAAAACAAAAUCUUGUUCUAGAUAAAAUUUAUUUUGGUACACAGCUUUUUCCUGUAAUUUCAAGAAGUGAAUCUUAUUCAAAAAAUUGUUUUUGUUUUUACAAGCAUAAUAAAUCAUCAACUGAUCUUUCUAUGAUUCCUCUGAAUGUUGCUAAAUUUUCAUCAACAAAUUCUAAUUGUAAUUCUACUAAAAUCUUUUCAUCAACCAAGUCUACAUUUGACACAGAUAAUGAUCCUAUCAGUGAUAACAUUUUAGAAGAAAAAACAAAUGAAUUGAAAUUGGACUUGCGUACAGAGUGUAACGAAUCAUCAUCAACUGACUGAUUAACUGUAUGAGACUAUAAUGUUUAAAUCAGCUUUAAAAAACUGUGUUUAUGUACUUCAUUGAAAUUGUUCUGUUCUAUGCAAACUGUUGUUAUCUACAUACUGUUUUGUAUGUUGGUGUGUUUAUGUAUAUGUGUAGGUUCACAUUGAUGUAUGUUUUCAUCAAUUAUAGAGUAAUUUUGUAUUAUUUUAUUUUAUUUUACUGUUUGUGUUGUCUUAUUCAUAUAUUGUCUGUCGAUAAAAUACAUAAACAGAAUAACCUGUUUUGUUCAACUUUGUUUCAUACUCAUUCAUAUAAUAAUACGCAUUUACUGAUUGUACGCAUAUAUGUGAUGAAAAUGCAAGUAACAUAAUCGGUUUAAUUUUCAUAGAUUAUAAUUGUUCGAAUACGAAAUUCAAUUCCACGAAAUAGUGAAUUUAUUAGCGGAGAAAAUGUUUAUCAAUGUCAUGAUUCAUUGCAAACACAAGAAAACGAAGUGACAUGAAAAAAUAACACUGGAAAACAAAAAAAUUCAACCCGGUGAUGGGUGUAUUGUAAUUAUUUGUCUCUAUAUGUUUGUGUAUUUCCGAAUUGUGUUAAUCUCUAUUUGCACCCUCCUUGUGUUCUUUUUCUUUUGUCUUUCAUCGUUGUUUCUAUGUUGAAUCUUUAUUUCUUGUACAAAAAUAUUCUCUGGGUCUGUGUAUCUGUAUUAAAUAUUCAAUACAAAACUAAUACUAAUGUUACUGCAAAUAACAAACGGAUGUGUUGUGAAUCAGAAAUUCUUGCUUGCACACACGUACCGCUCUCAGUAUCUGUCACAAAUCUCCAGUAUUGUUUGUAUUGAGCUCUGUUCUCUUUCCGAAAGCUUCUCUGCUUCAUUAACAUGAAUACUUUUUUAGCCAUUAUUUUUUUACUCCAUGAAGAUCGUCAAUUAAGUCUUACGAAUAUGUGUAUUCACGUUUGAAAUAUGACUGAUUUUCAAAGCGGCUUUGUUCUCUAUUUACAUUUUCUGUAGUCUGUUUAUCAUCAGUAUUCCAGACUAAUUGGAAAGGAUUAUUCAAUUGUUUCCGUCUUUAAUUAAUCAAGACAUUAACUCUCAAUCGUCUCAUGCAAUAAUAAUGUAUGAACAUGAAUAAGUAUUCAAGAAAUUCCUUAGCCAUGUAUUAUAGUUAAAAUGCAUCUGUUAUUAUUUCAUGGUUGGUCUAGUUGAUCGUCUUGUUUGUAAUAAUUGUUUCGUAUACUCAACAUGCCCUCCCUCUACAAUACACAACCAUCUCUUUUUACAUCCAUGUAAGUAUUAAUUUCCAGUGGAUAUUUUUCUUAGCUACAUGAAUACAUGUCUUAUCAAAAGAGAAAUUAUUUUAUCGAUGACAUCUCUUAAUAUGGAUAUCCGUACAAAAUGAUGCAGCUGUUCUCUCUACAUAUAUGGAUUGUACACAUCAAAAACAUUCAUUUACUUUAACUGGUUUCUGAAUCUAUUACUGUUAUCAUUACCAUUAUUACUACUAUUACUAUUUAUUACAUAACAUAUUGUUUUCUGUUUGUAAUUUGUCUGUAAUCUAUUUUGUCCUUGUGGUGAUUAUCAUUCUAAAUUAAUCGAUCAAAAAAUAACCAUAUUUGUAUUUGUCUAUUGUUUAUUUUGUGUGUUUAUGUGUUUGUGGUUGAUAUUGCCACCGUUAUUGUCAAAAUAAUAAUAAUAAUACUUAUUGUUACUACUUCUGCUAAUCUAUCAUCACUACUACGAUUAUUAUGAGUACACCAGAUUCUCUGACAAUCUUUUUUUUUUCAAAAUGAGGCAAAAAUCGCCCAUAUUUAUUAUCAAUAUUAUUUGAAAAAAAGAAAUAAUAAAGUGAUCUAAUUACUUAUUUUUCAAAAUAAAUACAUUCUCCUGUAAAUACUAAAUCAUUCAAGUUCAUGAUAAUCAUAGCGUGUUGAUUAUCAUGUUUAUUUUGUUUCGUAGAAUUCUCGAUUAGUCUAGAUUGAUCAAAAUAAGCAUUCACACUUUUAGGAUACCUAACUGUCUAAUCGCUUAAGACAUAUUGUGUUUUGUUAAUGUACAAAGACUAUACCAUAUUUCACACUGUUUAUUUAUUGGGAUUUGAUACUAUUCUCUUUAAUUUGACGCAAUAUUUUAGUCUUCUAUGUAGUAUUUCACAAAAUGGUGAUUUACGUGGUUUCCUCGAUUAUCAUUGUGUCUUGUUGGUCCACUUUUACCAAUGUCAAUUAUUUAAAGUAUAUAAAAUGCUUCUGGUUUGUGAUGGUAAUUUCCAGUACUGUUUUUAACAACCAAGGCAUGGAAUUUAUUCGCUAACUAAGCUCCCUCCAUUCGUUCGGUUUUGUGUCUGACCGUCAAGUGGAUUUAAGACAUCUAAGUGGUUUUAUCUUACUACAGUUAUCCAUCUAACUGUUUUUGUUGCGUUGCGAUCCUAUCCAAUAUUAAUAUUUAUUGUUUAAUUGUUUCAACUGACAGGUUAUAUUCAUUUGCUGUACUCUCUUCCCAUUUGCUGCUAUUACUUGGUAUUUGAUGGCUAUAGAAAAGCAACCAUUGUUAUACGUCCG